AGGAGUCCACAUAGCUGCAAUUUUUUUUUCUAUUGCAUAUACUGGCCUGUCAUGCGUCACUUGGUUGUGACCCUGCCAACAUCAUCAGUGUCAUCACACAUUCUGCUCUGGUAUUGUGUACCUGCUCCUCCGCCAACGUCAUCCGUAGACUGUGUGCAAACCACACUUAGAAGUCCUCUGCCUCCACUCCACAGAUUGGCUCCACAUAUUCCUUCCUCGCCACUUUCCAAGCAAAGAUGCCAACCUUCUAUUUAAAGCAGGUGAGCUACCACUACACACCACACCUAGAAAUCCUCUUGCAAAGCGAGAGCUUGCUUCAAUCUCGAUAGCUGAGUAAUGACAUCUUUAUUGUUUCCAGGCUUCGUUCGGUUUCUCUGCCUCUUCCUGGGUUUCUCUUGCAGCCUACCAUCAUUAGGAAUUUGCGAUGAAACACCGAGCGAUAGACAAGCCCUCCUUUGCUUCAAAUCCCAGCUCUCGGGUCCCGCUGGAUUUCUAGCUUCAUGGAGCAACGUGUCCGUGGAGUUCUGCGACUGGUACGGGGUCACCUGCAGCGCGACGUCCCCCCGGCGUGUCAUCGCGCUGGACCUUGAAUCCCAAGGCAUCUCAGGCACCAUAGCACCUUGCAUUGCCAAGCUCACUUGGCUGACAAGGCUCCAGCUGUCGAACAACAACUUCCGUGGUGGUGUGCCGUCCGAGCUUGGCCUCCUGAGUCGACUCGCCAGCCUCAACCUCAGCAUGAACACUUUGGAAGGUAACAUCCCACCUGAACUCUCUACAUGUUCCCAGCUCAAAAUUCUGGGCUUGUGGAACAAUUCCCUCCGUGGAGAGAUCCCACAUAACCUUAGCCAAUGCAAGCGCCUUCAAGAGAUUAACCUUGGCAACAACAAGCUCCAAGGGAGCAUUCCCCCUGCUUUCGGAGUCCUCCCUGCACUGCGCGUACUAGUUCUCGCCAAAAACACCCUUACUGGGACCAUACCGCCAUCUUUGGGCAGCAGUCGUCAUCUCACAUAUGUCGAUCUUGCGACGAAUGCUCUCGGAGGGGUCAUCCCUCAGUCCUUGGCAAAUAGUUCAUCUCUUCAAGUACUUAGGCUCAUGAGCAAUAGUCUUACUGGGAAACUCCCAAAGGCUCUCCUCAACACUUUGUCACUUGGUGCUAUUUGCCUCGAAAAGAACAAUUUUGUUGGUACGAUACCUUCUGUUACUGUCACACCUUCCCCUAUUAAGCAUCUCUCUUUAAGGUAUAACAAUCUUUCAGGAAGAAUACCUUCCUCACUAGGGAACCUUUCUUCCCUAGUUCAUCUUUAUCUCACAAACAAUUACUUAGUUGGGAGCAUACCAGAGAGCAUAGGUUAUAUUCCAACACUAGAGAUAUUGACCUUGUCUAUGAACAACUUAUCUGGGCCGGUUCCACCAUCUAUCUUCAACAUGUCAUCCCUGAAAAGUCUCGCCAUAGCAAAGAACUCACUUGUCGGCAGAUUACCCUUCGACAUCGGCUACACCCUCCCCAAUAUCCAGGACCUAAUACUCUCAGAUAACAACUAUGAUGGACCAAUCCCAGCCUCUCUUCUCAAAGCUUACCACCUACAAAGGCUGGACCUGAAAAAUAAUAGAUUUACUGGAUCCAUACCAUUCUUCGGCUCAUUGCCAAAUUUAGUGCUACUCAAUUUGGCAAGGAACAAGCUAGAAGCAGAUGAUUGGGGCUUUGUCUCUUCACUAUCUAACUGCUCCAGACUGAACAUGUUGGCCCUGGAUGGGAACAAUCUCAAUGGGAAAUUGCCAAGUUCUAUUGGGAACCUUUCAAAUAGUCUUGACUACUUGUGGCUAAGUAGCAACAAAAUUUCUGGACCUAUACCACCGGAGAUUGGCAACCUCAAGAGCCUCAUUGGCUUGUAUAUGGGUGACAAUCUUCUCACCGGUAAUAUACCAUCAACAAUUGGGAAAUUGUACAAAUUGGUUGAUCUAUCCUUUGCGCAAAACAAGCUUUCGGGUCAGAUUCCAGAUACUGUUGCCAAUCUUGUCCAGCUGAGCACGCUGGAAUUGGAUCAUAACAGCUUCAGUGGAAGAAUACCUGCAAGUAUAUCACAAUGCACUCAACUCACCAUACUCAACCUUGCUCACAACUCACUAGAUGGGCGUAUACCAAGUAAAAUCUUGACAAUCUCUACGCUUUCUAAAGAGCUGGACUUGUCAAACAACUACUUGUCUGGAAGAAUGCCAGAUGAAGUUGGAAGUCUCCUUCAUCUGAAGAAAAUCAACAUGUCAAAUAACAGGUUGACUGGCAACAUACCAUCAACUCUCGGCCAGUGUGUUGAUCUGGAGUAUCUUGAGAUGCAAAACAACUUCUUUGCAGGAAGAAUUCCACAAACAUUUUCCAACUUAGUCAGCAUAAAACACAUGGAUAUUUCUGGGAACAAUUUGUCGGGAAAAGUACCAGAGUUCCUCAAAUCCUUGAAAUCACUGCAAGGCCUGAAUUUAUCCUUUAACCAUUUUGAUGGAGCAGUUCCGACAGGUGGUGUUUUUGACAACAUUGGUGCAGUUUCGCUCCAAGGAAAUGAUCAUCUGUGUACAAUUAUCCCGAUGAGAGGUAUGUCUCUUUGUAUGGCUCUGUCUGACAGCAAAAGAAAGCAGAAGCCAGUGGUUCUAGUCCUAGUGAUUCUAUUGCCAAUUGUUGUUGCCACUGCAAUCCUUUUCUCUUGUAUGGCAACAAUUUAUAGGAGGAAACGGAUGCAAGCAAAUCCCCGUUUGCAACAUGACAAUGAGCACGUAAAGAAGCUAGAGAAGAUAUCAUUUGAGAAGAUAUCAUAUGAAGACUUGCUAAGGGCAACUGAUAGGUUUUCUUCUGAAAACUUAAUUGGUUCUGGAUCAUUUGGAAGGGUUUAUAAGGGAAGUCUGCAGUUUCAAGCAGAUCAAGUCGCCAUCAAGAUUUUUGACCUUGACAUUAAUGGGGCAGAUAGGAGCUUCAUAGCAGAGUGUGAAGCCCUAAGAAAUGUUCGCCAUCGGAAUCUUGUAAAAAUCAUUACCUCAUGCUCUUCUGUGGAUCAUACUGGGGCAGAUUUCAAGGCCCUAGUGUUCCCAUACAUGCCAAAUGGGAACCUAGAAAUGUGUCUACAUCUAAAAUAUUCUGAAGAUGGUGAAAAGAAUAUUCUGAGUUUAAGCCAAAGGACUAAUAUAGCCUUGGAUGUGGCAGUUGCUUUGGAUUACCUUCACAAUCAGUGUGCACCUCCAGUUAUACACUGCGACUUGAAGCCAAGCAAUAUACUUCUGGGUCUUGACAUGGCUGCGUACGUCAUCGACUUUGGCCUAGCAAGAUUCUUGUUCAGCCCAGAAAAUGCACACCAAGAUAGUUCAGCAAGUUUGAGCCGCUUAAAAGGAUCCAUAGGAUACAUCCCACCAGAGUAUGGAAUGAGCGAAGAAAUAUCAACCAAGGGUGAUGUCUAUAGCUUUGGAGUGCUUCUGUUACAACUGAUAACAGGGUGUAGUCCAACUGAUGAAAAAUUCAACGAUGGUAUAAGCCUUCAUGAAUUUGUUGAUAGAGCAUUUACAAAGAAUAUUCAUGAGGUUGUUGACUCCACAAUGCUACAAGAUAGCAGCAAUGCAACUAACAUGAUGAAGAAUUGCGUCAUCCCACUUUUAAGAAUAGGCCUGUCUUGCUCCAUGACAUCACCCAAAGAGCGGCCGGGUAUGGGACAAGUUUCUACUGAGAUACUUAGAAUAAAGCAUGUGGCGUCAGACACAUGCAUGUCUGAUGAAGCAAAUAAUUGGCAGGAUAGUAGCAAGCAACAGAAGUUCAUGUAAAGAAGAAUAGUAAUGUACUGUCUUAUUUUCUUCGCUGUCUGAAUCCAGUUUGAGUCAUUUCAGAGGUAGCAGCUCCCCUUCCAUGUCAAAUUAGGGAAUGUCUCCUAAUUAUUUUGCUAAUGUAUGUUUUUAUCUAUACAAAGUAGGGAAUGUGUCCUUUCUGAUUUAGAGCAAAAUAAUCUACUUAUACAUGGAGUGGAGAGCAUAAAUGGCACAUGAAUAUUGUAUAAGGACAAGCAAUUUUCACUCAACUAGGUGACUCCAUAAGUUAAAAAAUAAAUCAAUGUUCCAAACCUGACUGUACAAUGAUUCUCUGAAAAAAGCACUUCACUUCAGCAGACAGAUCUCCCCUUCCCAUCUCGUGCAAAUCCUUGAAAACUUUUAUUCCCCCAGUAUAGACAUACCCCUUGAUGUGUGGAUUAUAAUUCUCGGCGUCAACUUCCAGGAAAAUCUGAUCGAGAAUCUCUUGCCCAAUCCAUCUUCCCUGCUUUACAGGCGUGGCAUGUAAGGAUCUCGUACAUCAGUGAUAUCUGGACGUCAUCAGGUUCAGACUUCAGACCUCUCCAUGGCCUCAACGAGGUCACACUCUUCGGUGGCUCUCCCAUUCUUGGUCAUCCCCCCGAGGAGGUAGUUCCAGGAGUUGGCAUUGGGGCAGCAGCUCCCCUUCCUCAUUUCGUCGAACACCUGGCGGGCGCCCUGGAAGUCGCCCACCUUGGCCACCAACAUGACGUUUUAGUAGCUGAUCCUUGGCCCAGCUUGGCCACCAACAUCACCCACACGGCCGC